UCUACAAAGACUACAAUUCAAGCAAAGACUACAAGUCCCAGACAGUCCAAAGCAGGCAGCACUUCCUGUGUACGUUGGAAAACUGAGGACACUGUGAAAAGGCUUUCUACAGACGUCGCGUUCCCCAAUCCUCUGAAUGCUGCCCAGUGUUCUCCGCUGUGCCUGUCCAAUCUCCACCACCCUCGCCUUCACCAGGCCCUUAGCCCACUUCAGACCCCACAUGGCUCCUGAUCCAAACCGGCCCGUGGAGGGGGCCAUACGGACCAAGCUCACCCAGCAGUUAGAGCCAGAACACCUGGAAGUCCACAAUGAGAGCCACAUGCACGCCGUGCCCCCUGGAUCCGAAUCCCACUUCAGAGUCCUGGUGGUCAGCCCACGCUUCGACGGCCUCUCCCUGCUACAGCGCCACCGCCUUGUCAACGAGACCCUAGCCGAGGAGCUGAAGACCUGUGUCCACGCGCUGGCCAUCCAGGCCAAGACACCCCUGCAGUGGGGCAGCAACCCCAGCAUAGCCAAGAGCCCACCCUGCAUGGGAGGAUCUAAGGGGGACCACACGGUGGAGGAGAAACUCAAGGCUGGACGGGACUGACCAGCAAAACUCAGCAGUCAUCAACCCUGGUUCUAGAGAGUAACAGCCUGUGCAGGCUUUGGUUCCAGCACUAACUCAUCUAUUAAAAUGUGUUGUCUGUUUAAUACCUUGAUAAGUUUGAUCAGGUCUGGAACAAAAGCCUGAACGUCCCAUAUGCCAGUUGAAGAGGGUGUCAAUUAACAUUGUUGUAAACUAGUGUGAUAUCAUUUCAUUACUGCUUGAGAGGUUGUUUCUAAAUGAGCAGCAUGACUUCGGUCUCUUGGCAGUUUAAUUCAAGAAGAGUUGGGUUUUAGAUUAGACUCUUGUAUUUAGUGGCCAUCACUAGAAUGCCUCAAGAUCUUGCAGUUCAGUAGCAUGUGGUACAUUGAACUAUAUGAUAUGAAGUGAUGGAGUGUGUCUGUUUUGUCUGAAAAUAAAAUGUAUCGUAUGUGAGGUCAGAAGUACAAGAAGUCAAGACAGAACAAAGAAUGUUUUCUCAAGGUGCAUUGGGGCAGUUUUGUGGUUGGCAUUCUUUCCCCCAAAAAGGCUUGUGUGUCUGUUAAUAAAAAUACACAUUUGAUGAAA